UGAUAAUUCAAACCCGGAACAAGACCCAACCCAUGAUCCUGCCACAGCAAUACUUCGCAAAAAACCUGCUCCUAAUAAAUUAAUUGUUGACGAUGCAACCAACGAUGAUAAUUCUGUAAUGUCCCUUUCUACGGCUACUAUGGAAAAGUUACAGCUCUUUCGCGGAGAUACGGUGUUGAUAAAAGGAAAAAAGAGACGUGAUACCGUAUUGAUUGUUCUUGCUGAUGAUACAUGUGAAGAUACAAAAGUUAAAAUCAAUAAAGUUGUACGAAAUAACCUGCGUGUGCGCCUUGGUGAUGUGGUAUCGAUUCAUCCAUGCACCGAAAUUAAAUACGGGAAACGAAUUCAUGUGUUGCCGAUCGAUGACACAAUUGAAGGUGUAACGGGUAACUUGUUCGAUGUAUACCUAAAACCAUAUUUCUUGGAAGCAUAUCGGCCGGUGCGAAAGGGUGACUUGUUCUUGGUUAGAGGUGGUAUGAGAGCUGUUGAAUUUAAAGUGGUCGAAACGGACCCACCAGAUUAUUGUAUUGUUGCACAAGAUACCGUUAUACAUUGUGAAGGCGAUCCAAUCAAACGAGAAGAUGAAGAGGCUAACUUAGCUGAUGUAGGAUAUGAUGAUAUUGGUGGAUGUCGUAAGCAGAUGGCGCAAAUUCGCGAACUUGUAGAACUUCCACUCCGGCACCCUCAACUAUUUAAAUCUAUUGGUAUUAAACCUCCGCGUGGUAUUCUUAUGUAUGGUCCACCCGGCACUGGAAAAACUUUGAUAGCCCGUGCAGUAGCGAACGAAACUGGUGCGUUCUUUUUCUUAAUUAAUGGUCCCGAGAUUAUGUCAAAAAUGGCUGGCGAGUCAGAAAGUAAUCUAAGAAAGGCCUUCGAGGAGGCGGAAAAAAAUAGCCCAUCUAUCAUUUUCAUUGAUGAAAUUGAUGCUAUUGCUCCAAAACGUGAGAAGACAAAUGGAGAAGUCGAACGCCGUGUUGUAUCUCAACUUCUUACUUUGAUGGAUGGUAUGAAAGCAAGAUCAAAUGUUGUCGUUAUGGCCGCGACUAAUCGUCCAAACAGCAUUGAUCCGGCUUUAAGACGAUUUGGUCGUUUCGACCGUGAAGUUGAUAUCGGUAUUCCUGAUCCAACUGGAAGAUUAGAAAUUCUUCGUAUCCAUACUAAAAAUAUGAAAUUGGAUGAAGAUGUCGAUUUAGAACAAAUCGCAUCCGAGACCCACGGUUAUGUUGGCUCGGAUAUAGCGUCUCUUUGCUCGGAGGCUGCUAUGCAACAAAUCCGUGAGAAAAUGGAUUUGAUUGAUCUGGAAGACGAUACUAUUGAUGCUGAAAUUUUAGAUUCGCUGGCUGUUACCAUGGAUAACUUCAGAUAUGCCUUGGGUGCAUCCAACCCAUCGGCCUUAAGAGAAACAGUUGUUGAAGUUCCAACGGUAACAUGGAAUGAUAUCGGUGGACUAGAAAAGGUCAAACAAGAACUUCAGGAGACUGUACAAUAUCCAGUAGAACAUCCAGAGAAAUUCUUGAAGUUUGGCAUGUCCCCCUCAAAAGGUGUACUAUUUUAUGGUCCUCCUGGAUGCGGUAAAACUUUAUUAGCCAAGGCUAUUGCAAACGAAUGUCAAGCUAAUUUCAUAAGUAUUAAGGGUCCCGAACUAUUAACGAUGUGGUUUGGUGAAUCUGAAGCAAAUGUACGUGAUGUUUUCGAUAAAGCACGUGCUGCCGCCCCGUGUGUGAUGUUCUUUGAUGAACUGGAUUCAAUCGCUAAGGCACGAGGUGCUUCACUUGGUGACGGUGGUGGUGCAGGUGACCGUGUACUUAAUCAAAUUCUUACUGAAAUGGACGGCAUGAAUGCCAAGAAAAAUGUCUUCGUCAUUGGUGCUACGAAUCGUCCCGACCAAAUUGAUCCUGCUUUGCUCCGUCCUGGUCGCCUUGAUCAAUUAAUUUACAUUCCCCUUCCUGAUGAAGGAUCGAGAUUAUCAAUUUUAAAAGCAACCCUGCGAAAAUCACCUGUUGCAGACGAUAUUGAUUUACCAUAUUUGGCCAAGUCAACACAUGGUUUUUCUGGUGCCGAUUUGACAGAAAUUUGUCAGCGGGCUUGUAAAUUGGCCAUCAGGGAGAGUAUUGAAAAGGAUGUACAACGAGAACGAGAGCGAAAAGAAAAACAGGAGGCUGGAGAAGAAGUUCCUAUGGAUGAAGAUGAUGUUGAGGUUGACCCAGUCCCGGAAAUUACAAGGGCACAUUUCGAAGAGGCUAUGAGAUUUGCCCGCCGUUCUGUAUCUGAUAAUGAUAUUCGCAAGUAUGAAAUUUUUGCUCAGAAUUUACAACAAUCCCGCGGAUUCGGGCCAAAUUUCAAAUUCCCUGAUGGUGGUAUUGGAGGUUCAUCCACAGAUGGGCCAAGCGGGAGCGCUAUGGAUGUUACUAAUUCUGGAUUUGGUCAGGAUCAAGGCGAUGAUGAUCU